AUGGACAAGCGUGUUUCAGGAAACGCUCUUGAAGUCUCCAAAUACCCAUGUACCGAAGAAGCUCUAAAAGCAUGGCAAAAAAUCUACGGCGAUGUUUUCACUUUCUGGACGGGCGAUAGAGCUAUCGUCGCUGUCUGCGACUAUGAAAAAAUUGUUCAUUAUUUCGUAAAGAACGGAGAGUUGUUCCAAGAUCGUCCCGAUGACAGCAAUUAUACAAAAUACGUUGGCCGUGGGGACCACGGAGUGGUCCAUUUGAAUGGAGACUACUGGAAGAACCAAAGGAGAUUUGUUCUUCAUGCCCUCAGGGAUUUUGGACUGGGAAAAGAUUUAAUGGAACAGAGGGUAAUCUUGCAACAUUGUCGCUGACAAAACAGUUUAUAGGUCAUCGAAGAAUGCGAAGAUUUGUUUGUCAAAAUCCAGAAAACCCUGAGCAAAUCCUCUUCCGAUGUAGACCUCCCUAAUUUUAUCGAUGUGGCCAUCGGAUCCAUUAUUAAUAAUCUUCUCUUUGGAUAUCGUUACACCGAGGACAAACUCUAUGAAUUUGAUGACUUAAAACAACGUGUAAAGCAGUAUGUAACCGCAAGUGGGCAACCGGCUGCCCUAAUUUAUCGAUCAAAUCCACAAUUCUAUGAGAAGCUACCGUAUUUCAAAGAUAAACUUCAUCGUAUGCGUAAACAGGCGAUUCAUCUUGUCGAUUUCUUCAAAGUCAGAAUCUUGGAGCAUGUGGAAGAUUUGAAAAAUGAAGAUAUGGCCACAUUCACGCCCACUGAUAUUGUGGCUUGCUACUUGAAGGAAAAAAGAAAUAGAGAAGUUGACGGGGAGGACGCUUAUUUCACUGAUCAACAACUCGUAGGACUUUCUUUCGACUUGUGGGUUGCUGGGCAGGUAAUCAAAGUUUUGGAUUAAUUCUAUUAUAAAGCGAAGGAAAUCAAGGAGAAGAAAAAUAAUGACUGAAAACUUCAGGAAACCACGGCAAACACCCUUGGAUGGGCGUUCGCUUUCAUGAUCCAUAAUCAAGACGCUCAAAAGAAGGUCCAGGAAGAGCUGGAUGCCGUUAUUGGCUCGGAUCGGGUGAUUACAACGGCUGACCGGCCACAGUUACCGUAUCUUCAAGCCGUUUGCAAUGUAAGAACCGACUUUUAAGACGAUUACAACCUCACCAAAAAAAUUCUACAAAACCUUUAACCAACCGUUUAGGAAUCCCAACGCCUGGCCAAUUUGGUGCCGACUAACGUUUUUCACGCAACCAGUGACGACGUUGAAGUAGAUGGAUAUAUUUUAAAGAAGGGCACUGCGAUUACUCCUCUGCUAUGUGCAGUAUUGUCGGACGAGAAGGUAAUACCAAUAAUAAUCAUAAAAUGGGAAAAUGUUUUAGUACUUCCCGGAGCCCCGGAAGUUCAAGCCUGAGCGAUUCCUCGAUAACGAUGGGAAACCAAAAAAAGUGGAUGAAAAUAUUCCAUUCUCGAUCGGAAAACGUCAAUGUUUGGGCGAAGGGUUGGCUCGGAUGGAGAUUUUCUUGGUGCUGGCUAAUAUUUUGAACCGAUACAAGGUAAGACGCCCAUCGAAAAACAAAAUGCACGCGUGCACAGUAACCCGGAAAGAAAAAUAGCUCUUUUCGACUUUUGAGAUCCGUCCAAACGAAGUGUCAAAAUUGACAAAAAAAUCCGAGAAAAAUAUUUUUCCACCAAAACCAGAUGAAAAAUUGUUGACUGUGCAUAAAGGAAUGAAACAUCCUUUUACUUCGAAAAUUAAACCUUUUUCUGUUUUCAGGUUCUUCCUGGAGCUGAGCUGCCUUCUUUGGAGAGAACUCGUGGAUUCACUGUUGGUCCGAAGCCUUACAAAUGCAAAUUGCAACCCAGACAUGUCUAA